CUGACCGUGCAUUAAUCACCAGUAGCAAGUAACCUCAAAGCGGCGGCGACUGAUUUGCUGCUUUUAUUUAUUGUUAAAUUCGCACAAUACAAUGAGCCGCAACUACAAGGAAGACCAGACCAAUGAGGUUGAGGCGCUAGACUCCAUAUACUGCGGCGAAAUGGAGAUUCUCGCCACGGAACCACACCACAAAUUCCAGAUUCCCAUUGCCACCGAGGAAUACAAUUCGGAUGAGCCCGAGAAUGGACUGUCUUGCAAACUGGUCUUCACAUACACACCUACUUAUCCAGAUGGUGCGCCCAUUGUAGAAAUCGAGGAAGCGGAGAACUUUGAGGACGCCUUCGAACCCCUUCUGCUGGAACACCUGCAAAAGACAAUCGAGGAGAACCUGGGCAUGGAAAUGGUCUUCUCGCUGGUGAGCAGCGCCCAAGAGUGGCUAAACGAGCGAUGGGAUGAGCACAAAUUCCACCAGGACGAGCUGCGAGAGCAAAAGCUGCGAGAAGUCGAGGAGGAGGAGCGCAAGAAAUUCGAAGGCACCCGGGUCACUGUGGAAUCUUUCCUGACGUGGAAACUCGAUUUCGAGGAGAGCACUGGCAUUGCGGCCAAGCGGGAGAAGAACAAUGUGUCCAAGAAGCAGACCGGACGCGAACUCUUCAUGUGCGACAACACGCUCAACGAUUCGGACAUCAAGUUCCUCCUGGAGGCGGGUGAAAGCAUUGAAAAUGUCAAAAUCGAUGAAGCUUUGUUCCAAGAUCUUGGCGAACUGGAUUUGGAUGAUGAUGACGACGAGGAUUGGGUGCCCGGAGCCGAUGACGACGAUGAUUAAGCUACGAUGAUUUUAGAGUAAAAUAAUGUUUCUCCAAGGCAUAUUCGUGUAUUGUAAAUAAACAUUAAAUGCCAACUCUUUAUUAA